AUGGCGCUUCGACCACCAGAAUUUACUGGAGGGACGGAUGUAGCAGUGGCGGAGAACUGGAUGCUUUCCAUAGAAAAUCACCUUCGCUCUAUGGGUUGUACAGAUGCCCAAAAGGUGCAGUUGGGCACAUUCCUCCUUAGGGAUGAUGCAGAAAGAUGGUGGGAGACAGUCUGUCAGAGGUAUGGGCCUAGGGAUCCUACCUGGGCAGAAUUUCAAAAUGCAUUUAAUGAAGCUUAUUGCCCAGCAUGGUAUAAAGAGCAGAAAGUGUAUGAAUUUAUAGAGUUGGUGCAGGGCAGCAAGACAGUGGCCCAAUAUGAAGCUGAGUUUAUAACCUUAGCCAGGUAUGCCCCUGAUUUGAUUUCUACAGAGGAGAAGAAGGCUUCUAAGGUCCAGCGAGGGUUGUGCCCCGAGAUCCGACACGCAUAUGGUGGUGUGAGAGUUACAGAUUACCCCACAGUGGUGCAGAGGGCUUAUGCUAUUGAGCAUGAUCGUGGGGAGUGGAGAGCAGCCCAGGCCUUGUUCAGAGGAUCCAAAGCUUCCCAGGGAUCUACCAGUGGCAAGAAGAGGAGAGGGGAAGUUGGUUCAAGUAGUGAGACUAUGAAGCUUCCAUCCUGUGCUCGUUGUGGGAAGAAACACCGGGGGCCUUGUCUCUUCGGGUAA